CCUCGGAGACUGCACCAGAAUGCAUUGGAUCUGCAUUCUGGUGCAGUCUCCAAUGAAGAUCCAAUGUAGAAUGCCAGAUCCAAUGCUGGUGUUUCUCUGAUUCUACGAUAAGUCCUCCACAAAGACCAUCAAAAUUGGGAAAGUUUGAGCUUGAAAAUGUCUGUCUGUCACUUUCGAGAAGCAGACUGGGAGGUUUACAUCGGUCGACAUUCGGCUGGAGCACAGCGGGCUGGAAUUCCGGCUUCUGCCUGCAUAUGGGGGAAUCCUUUCAGUAUGCAGAAUGAGAGAGAUGAGCGGGAGCGCGCUGAGGUUGUGAAGAAGUACGAGCGAUGGCUUCUUGACCCCGAGCGAGACGCGCUGGUACAAAGGGCGAGGAGGGAACUCAGAGGCAAAAAGUUGGCAUGUUGGUGUAAGCCAAAGCAAUGUCACGGAGAUGUGCUGGCUUGGGUUGCCAAUGUCAAUUCCCUGGAUGAGAUUAACGGCAGACGGAUAGAGUUGAGAAUGAAGGAGGUUAGUUACGGUGAUGCGUAACAGGUGGGAAGCCGGACUUCAUCCAGAGUCAUCCUCUACGAGCUAACUGUCGAAAAUUGAAUCAUAGCGUUGGGCAGAUCUUUGAAUCACGAUUGUUUGAUACAAUCUUGGAGUUGUGCCUCACACUAGAAAGAUGUUUUUAUGAAACAUUCCAAAGUAAUCUGGCUGUGAGAAAUCUGUUGUUCAUCUCAUCUCACUGAGGAACUCCAUCUAAGAUGGGGGUUGCUUGUGGAGCCCAAGCAGUGUGAAUUUAUCCUGAAAAGGAAUUGGUUUUCGGAGUAAGUUCGUGAUCUUCUGAGUCUUAUGUAAGAAAUUCAGAGGUGUUGAUUAAUCAAAGGCUCUCUGUCGUGCCGACAGAAUGACUCCUGAAUCCCA